GCUUUUCGGUUGCCAUUUUGGCUCCAUGUGAGGUGAGUUCCGGAUGUUUCUUCAGCGUGGAGGUGACCGCACCGGUGAAUAAAACCAGGUGAAAUGGCUUCGUUGUGGGCAAUAAGGAGGAUGUUCUGCACGGCAGCAGACAGAGCUGCAGCUCCGGUCACAGGCAGCAGAUGGGAAAGGUUGAAAAACAGCAAGGCGGGUGUGUGGUGUCGCAGCCUGUUCUCUGACUACAAAGAUGCAUCCUGGGAGGUGGUUGCUGGUUUAUGGGAGCGUCCGGUCAAAGCGUCUGUAUAUGCCUCACUGCUUGCUGGGACAUGGGCCUGCUUCUACACUAAACCUGACUGCUCGUCCUUUGAAGCCACCCUGCUGGAGUGCUCCAACCAGCUGGGCCUGCUUUCCCCGUGGAUACGCAACGGGACCUCUGACAGCCACGUACAGAGUCUAGUAAAGCUUCGUAACGAGGGCCGGCUCCGUCAUGCCAGCCUGGGUCUUCUCUCUCUGGUGUACUGUGCCGACUACGACCCUGACACCACACUGUAUGAAGCCCAGUGCUCCAAUCUGUCGGUACCCUGGAGGGAGCUCCCUGAGCGGAUGCUAGAUGUGGGCUUCAUUGGCCGCUGGUGGGUGCUGGACUUAAAGAUGAAGGACUGUGAUGUGAACGAGGAAGAGUUCAAGCACCUUCCAGCACACAUGCAGGUGACAUUGCCACCCAGUGUUAGGGAGGUGGAAAGGAAUGAGAGGUUGCACAAAGAGUCCUGGUUAGUACUGACUAUGGAGGAAGAGGGGGAAGAAACAAAUGUUGUGAACAUAAAGGAGGAGAGUGUCAGUGAAGAGAGCCAAAUAGCAACACUGAAAGAGUAACAAGCUGAAGUGCUGUGGAGACAUUUCACGCUGCAAGGAAAAAACAUGCUGAAUACAGAACUAUACAAGGGUAGUUACUCUUUUUUUUGUUACAGUACUGGAUUUAAAAAAAAAAACACUUUUAGAACUCAUUUUUCAGUUAUGAAUUGUCCAAACUAUUUACUGCCACCACAAGUGGCCAAGGAAUGAGGAAACAUCCACAGCUUCCUCAUCAUAGUAAAAGCAGCCCUCUUCAAAGUCUUUAGUUUUAUUUAUUCCAGCCUGUUUUUGUAUCACAGAAAGUAAUGCAAUCAUUUAUCCUUUGAACCAUGUAUCAAUAAAUCUGUCAAUUAUUUCUAGAUAUCUUACUUUUGUUUUAUCUCACUUGUCUCCCAACUCUAACAUAUUUAUACAGACCACCAGCUGUUUUAAGAUAGCAUUUUCAAUGUGUGAUGUCUGUUUGUCCCCAUCCCAUCAACCUGCCUUGCCUUGUUGUCUUUUAUUUAAUUUAGGAUUUUCACACAUUUUCAUUUACUGUCCUUUUCUUUACUUUCUGGCGCUGUGAGUGUGAAAAUGUUUGUCUCUAGGAAGCAUCCUCUCUUCUCUUAAAGUCUGAGCCGCUGACACCAAACCUGGCUUUUGCCUCUGAUCUUUUAAAUACAGUAAAUCAAUUAGGGAUGCGCAAAUAAGUACUCUAGUACUUGAUUUGGACAUCAGCAUUUGUUCAAUGUUUUGAGUAAUUACUGCCAAAUCUUCUUCAUGUGAACAUGACUUUUGUAUUUUUCACUCUUUAAAAUGGGUCAAAUCCAAUUUCAGGAAAGCUGUGUGCAGUGUAUUGCUUGGCUUAGCGCCUCCAUGUCUAGCUGUUGCUUUUUUAUAUUUAAUAUGAGACUACUGCUGCAGAAGUGUGAGCUCCAUGCCGGGGAACAGUUGAUAGUCCGCCUGCACACACACAUGCACACAGUGACAGGGCUAACUCUUAGCAUCAAAAGUCUAAAGUUAUCUCAUGGUUAUUAACAGGUUUAUCAACAGAGUUGAGUCGUUUUGGUGUUGGUGUAAGUUCAAUGGGAUGUUAAUGGGCACAGUGUCUAAUGAUAGCUGCUUUUGUGUUAGCUCAUGAUAACUGGCCAGAUGUUAAACUGACUAGGAGGGAAGUGGCUCUGGACCCUGGUGACAGUCCUGCAGUGCUGCAUCUAACCUAAUGACAGAGACAGAAAAAUUGCUGAUUUUUCUUAUGUUAACUCUGAAUGUAUGGUUUAAUAGGAUAAUUAAAGCCUUGCUGUUUAAUCAUUCA